AUGUUUCCUGACUACAACUCACCAGAUCUCCAUUUGACACAUCCCACUCCCGAAGAGAAACUGGCAACAUGGAAUUUGAACUAUGAAGAAUGGGGAAAAGCACUCUCCAAAUCGGAUUACCUUAAUCGAGAACAAUAUCUUGCGAGCGUCCCUCUAACUUUCGAGGAUGGAAUAACAUAUUGGUGUUUAGUCGACAAGAAUGCUCCUCCCAACUCUCGAGAAAUCUAUGCUUCUUGCGAAUCCCUUCGCAAACGAGCUUUCAUAUCAAAGGAAGGUCAAGUCGAAGAAGUCAUCAUACAUUCAAUCGGAAGUGUUUUCUGUUCACCCAAGAACAGAGGCCAUAGAUAUGCAUCUAGAAUGAUGACAGAUCUGGGAAAGGUUCUCCGAACAUGGCAACUCGAUAGCCAUACCCCCGGUCGUUCACACAUCCCCGCUUCCAUUCUCUUUUCAGACAUCGGCAAGAAAUUCUAUGCCAAUCACGGUUGGCUUCCCUUUCCCAGCUCACACAUUGCCCUUCCCCCCAUCCCCAAAGAUGCACGCACCUUAGAAUCCAGCAUAGCCAAGCCUUUAAAAGCCGCCGAUAUCCCCGAUCUCUGCGAACUAGACGUACAAUACAUACGUAAAGUGCUAGAACGGGCCUCCGCAGACCACAAAACUCACAUCGCUCUCCUCCCCGACUACGCAACCGUCCAAUGGCACCAUCUCCGCGAAAACGCCAUGUCUACAUCUAUCUUCGGCCACGCCCCCGAAAUCAAAGGUGCCAUUUCGGGGACAACCAAAGGAUCUCGCGUCUGGGCCUAUUGGACCCGCGGCUACUACGGUCCCAUCGAUACCCCCGCUUCCGGAAACUGUCUCCACAUUCUCCGUCUCGUCAUCGAGGAUGAAAUCAACAGCGAAGACAAUGCUCGAAAAUUAGAAUCUGUUUUACGAUUUGCGCAAAUGGAAGCAAAGGAGUGGAAAAUGAAUGAUGUGCAGUUUUGGAAUCCAACGACUUUGGUGCAAGAUUUGAUUAAUAGGUCGAAGUUGGAAGGUGAACAUAUGAAGGUGGAGAGGGAGGAGGAGAGUGUGGCGAGUUUGAUGUGGUAUGGAGAGGGGGAGGGGUCGGUGCAGGAGGUGGAGUGGUGGGGGAAUGAAAAGUUUGGGUGGUGUUAG